AGUCUGCUUCAGUUCGUUCUAGGUAUCAGAAGUCUGAACGCGUUAAUUUACUGCUCUAAAAUUGUAUGGCAGUAUAGUGACGGGUGCGACUUCAUCGUCCCACCGGAGAUACGGUGCUCUUUUAUUAGUCAGCAAUACCUUUAUGUCAGUUUGACACUUUAGAUUUUGAACAGUAGCAACACAAAGAUUUUGCUGUCGUGAAGUUCGCAUGUGAUGUUUUGUGAAAAGUGUUGAUUUUUACGAAUAUACUUGUAUAAUUUUAGUGUGCUGUGUUUUAAAAGUGUUUAUAAACAUAUAAGUGUGAAUUCUGUGUUCUGUUUAGUGUGUUAUCGGCUUGUGAUUGCCGAAAAAAUAGUUACAUGGAUAAAGCAGUCAGUCGAGGUUGUAAGAUAUGGAGUCCCACAUACUGAACACAUAUCACCAGGCACGGUACCGGACGAUCGGUCACAAGGUGAUGAGAGCGAAGAGCGAUUCCCUUUCUUCAUCGGAGGGCAGCUACAAUCACAACAGCCCGGACUAUUCUCGUAUCGCGGCCCAGCAUGGCGGUUACGUGGAUAGGACGCGCUCCGACGACAGCAACGUUAACGACUGGUGCCAGAAUCAGGUGAUAAACACAACACAAACAAGCCACGACACAACAUCUGAUGAAGAAAGCUCUCACGAUGAAGACCUUGAUGAUGAAGACAACAUUGUCGUGCAGGAAAUCAACGUGGAAGACGUUGACGUGGACGACGACGACGAUGAUGAGGAGGCGAUAGCUCCAGGGUUAAGAAAUGUGCAUGCUGCAAUUGUAGGAAGCGAUGAUACGCUUGUUGAAGGACAUGAUUACGAUGUCAUCACGGUAUACACUGUCAACCCAGAUUUAGAUUUACUCGAAGCAUCAUCAGACGAAGAGAAAGAUUCUGAUAAUGCAAAUGAAAAUGAAACUGAGGCUGUGGAGGAAGAUAACAAUUACAAAGUUAACUUUGUACAACCAGCUACUGAUAUAAGGAGGCGUGUCAUGGACAUGUUGUCGACGCCAAUCGAAUCAAAUGUGGAAGAGUUUUUACUCAAGAACGGUAGCAUACUAAAUACAGACGAACCGGUCGUGAAUGAUGUCGAUGAAUAUUUCAUCAAAGAGAAACCACCGACGCCGAUACCUGAUGUUGAUGAGUUUUUUGUUAAAACCAAACCGGCGGAGUCGAUUCCUGAAAUAACACCUAACAUUGACGAAUUUCUUGUCAAAGAACCAAUUAAGAAAGAGCCUCUUCCUAAUGUGGACGAGUUUUUCGUCAAAACAGAGACAGUGGGAACGCCCGAAGCGACUGCAUCAGUUUCGAAGCCUGAGAACAAUGGAGACGUUUCCAUCAAUGAUUUGGAGGUGCUACCUAACAUUGAGGAAUUGAAGAGAUAUCUCCUAGAGGAUAUGUCUUAUGCUAAAUUCAGGAGUAUACAGAAAUCUUGCUCAGUUCCACAGUCACCCAUGCAGAGUAUAUUAGACAUAGACGAUACUAAAACAUGCCUAAGUUUUGAAGAUCUAAACUUAGACCUGUCGGAUCUCACAUUCGACAAUGAUAAAGACAAGUCUGAUCUUACCGACAAAAGCGAUGAUAUGCCACGCACGCUGACCGAUGAUGACAUAAACAGCUUCCUGAUCACAAGCAAAACGGAACACAAAGAAUCCGAGAGGUACGAAGAUGAUCUUAGUCAUCAGGAUAUGGAAAUCGAGAAACCGCUCGAUCCAAAAAUUGAACCUGCGAUUCCAAAAGUUAAAAUUGUAACAACAAAAAUUGAACCUCCAGUUAUUUUGAAGAGGAAGCCGGUGGCACCAGUACCAGUCGUCACACCAACUGUUCUAGACUUUUGUAUAGAAAAAACAAAGAUAAAAAAGGAGGUGGAAUCAAAAAUCGAAGUUGACGAUUUCGUUGACGUCGAAUCGUGUAAUGAUUCUUCUAUACCAGUUUUGGAAGCCAACAACUUGAAUUCCUUGUUAGAACAAUUCGAGGCUACAGAGAAACUAAACACAAAGAAGAGGACAGUUGUUAAGGCUGAGGAGAAGCCUAAAUCAUCGAAAUACAGCCUGACCAACGGUAUGCGACUUCAGGAUGCCGGUGUCCAGCUGAACAAGAACAAAAUGCGGCAAAUACUGAUGCCGUCGACCAUAAACAAGGUGAUAAGGUCUCCUAGUCCGGUUCACUCUGACCACGAUUACUGCUCUUCGAAAAAGCGACACAGUCUCCCUAGUGUGAGGGGCGGACAGAGUCUUCUCAAACCCGAGGUGCUGUCCAGCAACAGUCGAAUACUCAACUCGAGGCACAGGUCGUGCAAAAACAAAAAAGUAGUUUACCAUUUGAGCAGUGACGAGGAAACAGAAAAAAGUGAUAAUAAACAAAAAAAAGUGACUAAUCAAAGUGACGACGUGAACUUGCGCAAAAAAGUCAUAAAGCAACCUAUAAAGUCGCCCGUUCAAUCUAAUUGUCGUAAAAAACUUUCGCCUCCACACGUUGUGCCCGAAGAAAGUGUCAAAGAUAAACAUAAAAAUACUGUGAUUUCUAAAAAAGCUUCAAAAGCUAGUGAUACUCCGAGUAGUCAAAAAACGAACGGUAGCAUUAAGUUAACAAUUAAAAAUAAAUCUGAAGUAAUAUUGAACUGUGAUUUUAAAGACUCUCAGAAAGAUAAAAACUUAGAAAAGUGUAAGUCUAGUGUUAGUGAUAAAAAAUGUAACGAUGUUAGUAAAACUGUAAAUAUUAAGCAAGAAAAAAUUAAAGAAGUAGAUAGGCACGAAAACAAAAAAAAUAGUAACACAGAGACUGUGACUGUUAAGGAAGAAUCCCGUCCAAGAGAGGAACAUUUUUAUACAGCACUUUUUAGUAAUAAGCAAGAUGUCCAAGUACCUCAAGUGAUUCAAGUCAAAGCAGAGAAAAGGCCGUUUGACGAAGAGAUGACCAAAAUCGCGGAAGAGGCUGUCAAGAAGGAAUUGGAACAACCACUGAAGAAGAAAAAGCUAAAUCUGCAAGAGUAUAAAUUGCGGAGGGGUGUGAGUUCGAACAAUAGUUCUACGACGGUCAGUCCCGAGGCCAUAUUCCCGGACAUGCCGAGUCCAUCUUGCUUAGAUAAGCUAAAGUACGCUGUGCCCCGGACACCUCCGAACACCAACAACACAAACACGCACAAAACGCAAAACGAAGCGCCCAAGAAAAUAUUCGAUCCUAUUAAAGAAGCGUCUAGAAAGAUACUCAUGAAUUCGAGAAAGCAUAAAGCCGAGGCAAUGCGUAAGCGAGAUGAAGAUAUUGUCAUGAGUAAAAUUCCAAAAGUCGAUAUUCUUGAAUUGAAACCUCUGAUCAGUGAGGAUGAGAUGUUGCAAAUAUCUAAGAUGACUGCCCCCGAAGCAUUACCUGUGCCGGUAAAACCGCAACUAUCACCUAAUUACGAAGAGAUCAUUUUAGUCAGCGUCGGUGUUAAUACUGAUGAAAACGUAUUCAAAGAAAUGGACGCUGAAAAGAGGAUAAAAACUGAAAAACGAAAAUCCAGUUCACCACCAAAAGGCUCUAAAUGUCUAAUUAACUUUAAAAUUAAGAAAUCUGAUCACGUUUUGAAGCAAAACGUUUUUGAUAGUGUGAAGAAAGACAAACGGAAUCUAAACGAUGAUUGCAAACACGAAUCAAAAAUCGACAAGGAUAGAUACAAAGACAUUACCGCGACAUUGAAAAGCGUCGAGAAACAAGUUGAAACUAAGAUAUCUAGUAAUUCGUUAUUUGCUAGUAUACAAGACGUGGUCAUGAAGAAGGCCCCAGGCGAAAUAGUUGAAAAGCCACAUGAAGUUAGACGCUGCAAAUCUAAAUCCCCACAGCACAAAGAACAAACAGUCGCCUCUGUCUCCAUAAUCCGUGACUAUGACCCCAAAGCUGAGCACGGCGAAGAUAAAGUUAUCUUACACUUGGUCAAAGGUAGAAGGAAACCAAAGUCUUCCAGUAGCAUAGUUCAAACCGAUCCGAUACCAGCCCAAAGUGAAUCAAUCGCAGAUAACACGAACAGAAGGAGAAAUGACAGUGACAUGUCGGUGUCGAGUGAUAACAGCACUAAGAGGAAAGAAAAGACUGAUAUUGUCAAAUCUAGACCAGAUAGGAUAGAGAAGAAAGAUUCUAGACGUUCUAGGUCCAAAGAGAGAUACGACGCCAAACAUAGACGGAGAUCGAGGUCUAGGAGCAGGAGAAGGAGGCACAGAUCUAUAAGCAAGAGCAGAUCUCGUUCAAGAGGGGGAUACAAGCGCUUCAGACGUUCGGACUCACCUUAUACUGCCAAAGGCAGAUCAAGCUCCCGCAGACGGAGAUCUCCCUCAGCUAAAAAAGAAAAACAAUCAAAAUCGGUGUCCAGACCGAGAAGUAGGUCGUUGACGCCAAUUAAAAGGCCAAAAUCGAGUCCUCAGAUUAAUAACAAUGUUAAUGAGAAAAAACUUAACUCGGCCACACCUCCACUUAGGAAAUCUACUGUGUCCGAAAGCUCUGAUUCUUCAUCUAGUUCAUCAUCAUCGUCUUCCAGCAGUUCGUCGAGUAGUUCCCGCAAGUCCGCAAACUCGCCGCGCUCGUCCAGCACUUACAAACCAGACGAGAACUACACGAAGAAAGCUUACAGGAGCUACAGCUCUGAGGAUAGAGACAGCAAUACGCCCGUCGAAGAGAGACGGAUAGUGUUCGUCGGUAGGUUAGAGAAGGACAUAACGAAGUCUACCCUGCGGAGUCAGUUCGUUAAAUACGGACCGGUCAUUGAAGUCAGGCUUCACAGCAAAGAGGAUGGGUCUCGUUACGGGUUCGUGACGUACCAGAGGGCGAGGGACGCGUGGAGCGCGGUGGAGGCGGCCGCCGCCUUCCCUCAGUACGACGUUGGCUUCGGCGGCAGGAGGGCCUUCUGCAGACAGAGCUACGCCGACCUGGACGGACUCGAAGCUAAGUACACGGAGAGCGCGUUCCACGGUCAGGCCGCGAUCCCGGCGCGGCGCACCGACGACAUGUCCUUCGAGCAGAUGCUCCUCGAGAUGAAGAAGAAGCUGAGCCAGCGGAAGAGCGAGAAGAAGCGCGGCGACGCCACCAAGCCUUGACGGUCGCCGCGGUCCACACUCCCCUGGACGAGUGCUCUGUGUGGCUCUGAGCCCUUUUCUUUUUUCCUACCUAAGCUGAGAGCCUUGAGAGGCUAUGUCAGCGUAACCUUAACUAGUAGGUGAGCUCACGGGGCUCCAACCUGACGACGUUGCUAACACGAACCCUAGCGUUAGCCGUGCUUCGCAGAAUCUACCACCGGAUCGGAAAUGGGACCCACUAAGAAGAUCAGGCGAGAAACUCGGUGGGCUGUGUCUAUGGGUGAUUUUACUCGUCGAGCCCUUCGUCGCGAGCGACGGAUUCGACGAGAACGAUGACCGGUCUGAGCUCGGGACCGGAGCUAGCAUUUAGCCAGCGAUAACCGGGACGAGGCUGUGACGAAAGCGUUGUGACGUCACGGAUUCUGCCGCGGAACACGGUCACCCCGGCUGCGACGCGUCAGUGUUGCCACACCACAGACUGAUUUGAAAUAAUCGAUUCUAUUUUAGUUGCAUUACGAAUGUGAAGUGAACGUUAUAAGUGUUUGUUUUCGAAGCUCUAUAGACAUUGUUAUUUUUUUUUAAAUCGAUAAAUCUGUUGAAAAAUUGCGUUUGUAAAUGAUCGUUUGAAUGUAAUAGGAAAACGUACCUGUAAAAAUAAAAUUAUAAUUUAAGAUCGAAAAUGUAAAAAAAAAAAUCAUAUCAUAAGUGAAGCAAAAUAUACGUUAAUUAAUAUCGAUUAACGAUUUAAAUCAUAAUAUUAUUAUGUUAUGUCCGUUAAAAUCGUUCUUAGAUUCGUUUGUUGGGAAAAUCAAAAUACUAAUCGCGUAGUAUAGAAGUAAAGUGACGUAACUGACAGGUGUCAGAUUUGACAUCUGUCAAGGUAAAUGGCGAAUCGAAAAAAAGACGUGUUUCUUUAGUGAAUUUUGCUCAUCUCUUUAGUUAGUCCUUGUAUAGUCUUAAUUGUUUUUCCGCAUUACACACACUUGUAAAUAUUAAAAAUAAAAAAAAUAAAAUAAAAAACAAGAAGUAAAAAUAACGGCCUACCUCGUAUUUCUGCAGUAGCUUUUUUUUGUUGUUUUGUAUUCUUAAAAUUUAAGUUUUUAAUGUAAAUAUUCGUUUGUAAUCGACAGCUAACCGUUACCAUUGCUAACCAAGCUUUACUUUUAUGUUUUUUUUUUUUUUAAUAAAACAAAAUAAAGAACAAGACAAGUCUCGUAAAGUAAGAAUCGUAGCUUUUCAAGGUUUUUUUUUAAAUUAAACAUUAAGGAAUCGAGAAUUACAAUCAUAUAUAUCAAGUUAAAUAGUCGCCAACCGUUUUGUCCGUCGGUUCGUUAUUUCGCAAUUCACUUACGUUUUCCAAUUUCCUUUUUUCUAUAUCGACUAAGCAACCGGUGCAAGGAUAACAAACGAAAAUAAUCAUCCCAUAACUAUCUAUUAAAAUCGUGACGAUUCAUAUUUUAAAUAGCUGAAUAAAACCUAAUGGUUUUAGAACUUUUUGGAAAUCGGCUUUUCGAAUCUGCCUUUUCGAGAAAACCCAAAAAAAAGCUAGAAGACACCACAGUAAGCGCACAUAUUUAGUAUUCAAGUCGUCGUGGCCUAAAAGAUAAGACGUCCGGUGCAUUCGUGUUGAAGCGAUGCACCGGUGUUCGAAUCCCACAGGCGGGUACCAAUUUUUCUAAUGAAAUACGUACUCAACAAAUGUUUACGAUUGACUUCCACGGUGAAGGAAUAACAUCGUGUAAUAAAAGUGAAACCCGCAAAAUUUUAAUUUGCGUAAUUACUGGUGGUAGGACCUGUUGUGAGUCCGCGCGGGUAGGUACCACCGCCCUGCCUAUUUCUGCCGUGAAGCAGUAAUGCGUUUCGGUUUGAAGGGUGGGGCAGCCGCUGUAACUAUACUGAGACCUUACAACUUAUAUCUCAAGCUGAGUGGCGCAUUUACGUUGUAGAUGUCUAUGGGUUCCAGUAACCACUUAACACCAGGUGGGCUGUGAGCUCGUCCACACAUCUAAGCAAUAAAAAAAAAAAAAAAAAAAAAAAAUUCAAAUGUAUGUACAUAUUAACAUCAAAACUUUGUAUUAGAAUUGAACAAAAACCAUAUAUAGACAAACAAUUAAAAAAAAAACCAGUUAGUGAAUUACGCUUGAAAUUAUUGCCUUACUAAAAAAAUAAUAGUGAUAUACCAUAAUCGAUGUAUUUAACGUUAACAAUGAAAUCGAUAAAAAUAUUACUUACUAUAAUUUUAUUCUAAAAUGUUGCAUAGAACGAAAUAGUUUUAAGUAUCUGAUAUUAAUUAACAGUUUUAUUUCCUUGUUUUUUUUUAAUUAAUAAAAUAACUUUGGAUACUAUUAUCCCGGUAUCGAUUUAUUGGAUUGUAUACAAGAACGUUAUAGCCGUGAUCGGGGAAUAUGACCUAAAAAGUAAAUUAGCUAUUUUUUCAUCGUCAAUGUAAUUCAAAACUUCCACGAAAUUCAUAAGUGCCAAAUGAUUGGACUGUAUUGUUCCUAUUUUGCAGAAGAGGUAAUAUAGUACGGUACAUUUGAAAACAUCAAUUGUUUACGCAUUUCCUUGGUAUCGAUAAUUUUGGUAAACUUAUAUUUUUGUCUAUCUAUAUAAAAUAGUUGAUCAAAUAAAAAUGCAGCUGAACGCGUAGUACCAGUUAAUUAGUAAUAUUUCAAAGAGCAUUUCCGGAAACGGAUCUUCUGUCUCUUUCAUAGAUAGGACGAGUGACAAAGGAGGAUGCCUAAACUCGCAUUAUCAAUGUCGAAACUUGUUACCGUCGCAAAUUUUAUUGAAAAAAAAAAACAAAAAUAUUAUAUCGGUAGCGUGCGGUUUUUGGCGUAUCCUAAAUCUAGACUAAAGAAAUAUCGAUUAUUCGAUUGUCGUGAUCGGCGACGCCCUAUCGACUCAUCGAAUCGAUUCGAUACAAUGAAAGCCUAGUCAAAAUAAUGAUGUUCGUUUUAUCUUAUGUGAUUGUAACUUAUUAAACUUUGUACACUUUUAUUUUUAAGUUAGCUUAAAACGAUUUAAGUUUUUGAAUUUUAAUGCUUAGGCUUAGGUCUUGUUUCGAUGCGAAUCCACUAUGAAUGAUUAAUAUGGAAGUGAUUAAACAAAUGUGUAUGGCGAUUAAAAUGUGGAAUACCCAUGAAAUGAUUUUAUUCAUCAUAUAAAAAGGCAUUGUGGCAUUCGCUAAGAAAAUUUCAGCGGAUUCAUUUGCCAAACGGUUUGACAGCUGUCAUUUAUGACGCACGUCAGCAGCCGACGUUUCGUUUCGGAUUACGAACGUUGUCUGCGAAUGAAUCCGUGUUGUGUUGUAAAUUUUGUUAAUAAACUAUUAAAGAAAGGAACGUGUUGUAGAAAAUACUCGAAAGAUCAACGAUUGUAAUAAUUAAGGCCUCGUUUUGUUUUAAGUGUUUAGUUUUUUUUUUUUUUUUUAAAUAAUUCAAUCACCCGUAUAUGUAUUUUUUUUUCACGUUCAUUAUUCGAAAAUUGGCAAAGGCAUCCGCAAAAUCAUACUUCACGUUUGCAAAAGUUUGCAAUUUAUUGAGUAACGAAUUUACUAGGUAAUGUUUGGGUGCGCUUCGCUUCAAUGGAAUUGGAACAGUGUGUCUUUGCGAUAAAGUCUAUAUUCGUGUACCGUGUAUAAAAUAUUUCAAGUCCAAUGUUACAUAAAAGAAACGAUUAUAGUACAUUGUGAGAAUGAUUUUUUUACGUAAAAAUGUUGAGAAAUAAAGUAUUUUUAAAUACA